AUGGAUACGACCAAGAAAACUCCGGCACAUGUGCCUAAGGAAAUCAUUUUCCAAAUCAUGUCAUCCCUACUUCCUGCUGAUAAAAAAACCCAUAUCCCGCCGUGGCACGAUGGUACACAGUUGCUCCUAGCAUUCAGUCGUGUAUCGCAUGCAACCCACGAUGAAGCUACCCGGAUAUUGAAGCAGCAUUGCAUCUUCAUAAGUGUGACACGAGCACGCCGUUUCGUUCGUUCUCUCAAUACAUCGCUCCAAUCGAAAUAUCCUCUACCUAGUGCAUUCACAAACAUCGAGCGGAUGUAUGUCAACAUUAUUGGUGACGAAUCCAUGGGGAGAGUGCUCGACAUAUUCGACCACGUCGGCGCCUCUCUGCGAAGCCUGACUCUCGACCAUUAUUCGACGGAAAUUGACUUGGACCCUUCGAAUCAACCUAACUGGCGACGUUGCUUUAAAAAGUUGACCCAGUUGGAGGAGCUUGCUUGUACGAUUGACAUCUUACUUAUGGCCUGCGAUCCUCAUAACCGCGACACGGGAGGGCCCCUGUGGCCAAAUCUCAAGCGGUUGGGGAUCAUAAAAUACUACAUCGGGUUCGAUCUCUCUUGGCUAUUCGCCCAAUCCCGACAACUCAGUCACAUAGUUCUCAGAAAGGCCGUAAAUCCGAGAUUUUACCUUCAAAUCCUACCACAGCAGCAAGAGGAGGAGCUCAGCUACGAACUACCCGACACCCUUAUCACGGUUGCGAUAUCGGAAAAUGAGGACCAGUCCAUACAGGAGCAAUACGCAGAAGAUGAUAGGUUACAUGUCCUCAAAUACGCGCUUCGGGGAAAAAGGUCGUAUUCUGAGAUGUGGUGGCAGGCUGUUCUGGGAGGGAAGCUUUGGGAGUUGGGACUUCCUGGCAGUUCGACUGAAGCUCAGACUGAAGCCAAGACUGAAAACACAAGCGAGGCAUAG